UAACUCUUAAUCAUCAGACCGCCCGCUUGCUUGUGCACACUGCACGCUAACCUCUCAGAAUUUUUGCCAUUAAUUCGGAUCCCGGAUAACUACCGAUCCAAUUUACGGGUUUGGUAGUCCAAAUAAAGGAGAGUAAAUGGACGAUGCUGCCGACGGCCUGUUUCUGCUCUCCAACAUUCCGCCCGCACAUGUGGCUGAGCUAACAAGCCACAGGUUGAUUAAUUUUCGUUUACUAUGCGUACCAGAGAAGCGAUCAAACGAUUUCGUCACUGGAAAUUUGGUCAUGUCUUCCAGUAUUCACGAAUCAAGUUGGCUCGGAACGCAUCCUUUCCUUAGCUCUUUUCCCUCUAGAUCUCUUUAAAUUAAAUCGGCACUAAACUAAGCAUGUUCUGAGGAUCCGGUCGUUCCCGAUAUCGGAAAAACGAGUACCCCCCGGUUCCAGAUCAGACAAACCACAGAAGAAAAUCGAUUAUGCUUGUCUGAAGCAUUGUACACUUUGCCCCUGCUGUUAGUUUAAGCAACUUGCAGACGUCUGGCUUGCAUGCGAGUUACGUUAAUCAGUCGCCAGUUUCUUUUUCUCGGACCUGUUAUUUCAUGCUAACUAAAGACCGUCUUGACUUCCAAUUCAGGUUUGUCUCUCGCUUCGUUCACCCGCUGUCUGACGAACGAUGCCUUGGAACGGUUGGUCGAGCAGUGCGCUUUGUUGCUUGCAUUCCCUCCAGCCAGUGGUCUACAGUCGGCGCAGCCCAUCAGGACAUUUGGUGUACAGGUAGGCCCGUUUGCGUUUCGCAUUAGUGAGUGUUCUUUACAUGGCGCUGUCAGAGGGGGCACGCUGGUCGCAGGACGAUCCUGAUGCCCGCCCAGCGUGUUGUCAUAAACUCCACCGAUACGACUUAGGGGAUUUCUACUGACUACUGCGAUAUUUUCGGCGUCCACUGCGCCGUGAUGAUUGGAAAAUCGGCCGUACGAACGGCAUAAGGUUACUUAACACCAUGGUCAGCUCAUACGGAGCGGUUCGGCUGUUAAAAGGGUAUUGGAACAGCUGCUGGAUGCACAUUUUCAUGUCUGCUAGUCUAACCAUGCCAUAAUGCAUCUAUUUGGGUCUGAGUGGCUCUGCCGCCUACUGCCUGAAAGUAUUGUUCUUACACAUCGAACCACUCUCAACUUGUCCUCUGUUUUAAUAAUUCUUGUCUUAUCUACUGUGAGGGAAGCUCUGCUAUUUUGUGCCAAUCAUUCUUCGGCGAUUAAGUGUAGCACUAUAUAUAUGAAAAUAUAUGUAUAUGCGUAAGGAUUCGAGGUACAGGCAUUGUAUCGCAUUCAUCAUCUCCCGAAGAAGACGAAGAAAAAGCAACCACCCUGGCGGUCAUAAAGGCAGUUGCAUCAGAACUCUCUUUCAACGUGUUCAAACACACUGUAGCGACGACAAUGGGAGGAAGGAGGAGAUGAAUUACUUACAGGCCCUUUUUUAAAGCCAACGACUACCCGAAGUCCUUCAUACGCAAUUUCCUCAAAAACCCUCAUUUUGAGCGGUCGAGUUGAGAAAAUCGCAUGUUCUGGCUGUCAAUACCCUAUCUGAAGAACGUAUUAGAGGCAACGCUGAGAAUCCUGAAACCUUUUGGGAUUGACGCGGCUUAUAAACCAGAAUGCACCAUCAUACAGCAAAUCAUGAAGCCUAAAGAGCCGCUACCAAUAACAGAACAGUCGCCGGUGGUCUACAGCAUACCAUGCCUAAAUUGCAAUACGAGGCAUGUUGCUGAAACGGGCAAACGCCUCGGUACAAGAUUGCACGAAAACCAACUUGUGAUCCCCCGCAAGGACAAGCUGUCUGUGGUCUAUGGCCACAUACGCGAACUGAACCACGAUUUUUCCUUUGAGAAAGCGAGGGUAAUUGGUCUAGCCAAAGAGAAGAUGGUCAGACUGGUGCUCCAAUGUUGGUCCUCGACUGACACACUCAACCGAGCUAUAGAUCUACAUCCCGCCUACCAGGCACUGCUUACAAGGCUCGGACCAGUCCGGACAGGACCAGUAAGGCAAGCGAGCACGCGGGACCGAGAGUCAACGCUCACGGAAAAGAGCGGAGUUGACGGCCAGAGGUCGUGUGACCGAAGCCAAUCACUGUCUCACCGACGCGUCCGCGAAGAUGAAUGCCGCUCAUCUAAAAACAACGACCGAUCAGUCCACCGGCUGACGUGGGAAAGGCCAAUCGCACGUUGAUUUGACCACAAUUACGCCAACCCCAAUGGGAACAAAGGUCACGCAGACCUGUCAGCGGUCAGCCCCGGGGAGGUCUAAGCCAGUCAGCGGCAAACAGGCAGGUCAAAGUUCGUGCGUCGAGCAGGGCUAUAAUACGAGGCAAGCGGCAAGACUGAACAACGCAGGACCGUCAUGAGGCUCGUCAUUACACUACGGCGUGCCAAAGCCUGCGACGGUCUCUUAUUGGGUUCGCCUUAGUUCGCGUCCAGCCGUACCAACCACCCACCCCCCUCCGCCUUCGGUCUUCUUAAGUACGUCUUGACACCGUGCCCAGGCGGGGGAGGGGAAGAGAUUGCGGUAGGUGUUGUACAAGUCCACUACCACUAUAAAUAUAUCUACGUAAAAGUCACCAUUUUGCUAUGGAGCACACGGUGGACAUCGCCGGCAACCACCGCUAAGCUGUUAUCCUUAGAUAAACGCUGCCGUAUUUCUAGGUAAAUCCUCUUCAGCGUUGUGUUCUAAUCCGCUACAUAGCCCACAUCGUUAUUUCUACGUCAGACUUGAAUUCGUAUCAGUAUGCUGGCUAAUAAUAUCAAGUAUGCUGCCACCGUUCAUUGCUGUAUUGAGUUUUAGUGAUUUGUCAAACAUUGCAGCAAUGAAAUGUGGAGGUGAUUCGACCAAACCGACUUCGUCUUAAUUCUGUUCAAGCGAUUGUUUACAGUUUUCUCUAAGCUUAUCGGUAUUAUUUUUUUUACUUUCAGGCAUUUCAUUUCGCGUAAAGCUAUUUGAGCAAUUACACGCAAUUUUUUGUCAUUUUCACUCGCCUCCUUGGGUCUUUUGCCUCCAUUUCCAGGUCUUUCGUUAAUUUCAAGGAACCGCGGCAGUGUGGCUGAUCAUGCCAAUCUUCUCUGCUCGAUUCUACUGGGCUUUGGACUUGCUGCAUACGUCGCCAUUGGCAUUAAGGCCGAAAAUCGCUGUUUCCAUGCCAAAACCGGACCUCCGCAGGACGCCGAUAAACCGCCUUACUAUGCCUGGGUCAUAGUUUUUGAUGUACGACAAACCUUCAUUUUUCUGUAA